UCAACAACAACAAAGUUCGCUUGAUAAUCGGUCGGUCGCGAAUUUAUUCCGAAUCUUUUUGCUUGAAAACUAAAUAUGAAUUCCCUCGCGGAAGUGUUUGCCCGGUUGAAACCGCUGUUCGAAAAAGUGAUCCGCGAUCCCCAGCAGGAGGACAUUGCAAAACUAAACGAGUACUUAACGGCAAUCGAUGGCAACAGUUUGCAGAUUCUGCAGAACGUUUUCCUCCAGCAGUUGGUCAUUUUGGUGGAUAGUGUCCCGGGGAGGAAUCGAAACGAACUGAAAACGGGACUGAUGGAGUGCGUUUGUACGAUUCUGGACAAGACCAAACUGCGCCAGGCGGUGGCCAUGAAGACCACAGUGGUGAUUCUGAUGAAGCAAGUUUAUGAUGUGAAGAGCGGUCAGCUUAUUGGGGAAUUGUCCGAGGAGUUCAAGUUGGGAGUUUUGCGGGGAUUGACUCUGGCUUGCCGGAACGUGCAGUCGGAACUGGUCGAGGAAGUGUACGUAAAGGACAAUUUGAGCCUGCUAUCGCAGGUGCUGUUCGUUUGCGUGAGCGUUUUGUCCGGGGAGCGGUUCCGGAAGUUGCGAUUCCAAGCCUUGGAGUGCAUCCUGGCGACGAUGCAGAUUCACGAUGGGUUCGAUUUCGCGGACAAGGUGCUACGGUGCCAGGUGGCGGAGCUGCUUUUCAUAGUGCUUCCGAAGUUGCUGGUUUCCCUGAUUUCGGUCGUGAACGGGGACGAGAAGCAGGGGAAGGUACUGAUCCGGAUGGGAGUAAAGACUCUGGGGCGAGUGCUGGGUUUGAUAUUCGAGGAUUACGACGGUUGUCUGGUGGAGGAGGAAAUCCGGACGGAGGAGUUUGUGAAGCUGUCGAAGGAGCUGAGCCAGUUGGACGGAAGCAGCAGGAACGUUCUUGGAAUGGGGCUGAAGGAUGCCAAAGCCCGGGAGGACUAUUUUAGCAACACCAGUCGCAGUAGGGAGUGGCUUCUGGAAGCGGAGAAAAAGGUUGAGCGGGUUUUGCAGACGGUGGUGCAUAUGAGAGGAGCGGAGGAGGAAACGAUACGGUUGGAAUUUGCUCGGAUGAAUGCCACGCUGCUGGAAAAAUGUGCUUCAAACAUGCCAACCUGCUCGGUGUUCUUCCUGGAAUCGCUUCUGGCACUUUGUCAAGAUGAAUCCGACAAAAUUCGCGCCAUUUGCGAGGGAGCUCUGACCGCUUCAUCCCAUUCCGGUAUCUGUUUCGGAGACUCGCGUCUCGACGAGCUGUUCUACGAAUCGCUAAAAUCGAUCCCUCGAAGCAUCUACCGGGGCGAAGAAUCGGAACAGAUUGCGUGCUUCCGACUGCUGAACGGGUACGUCAAUUUCAUGACAGAUGCCCAGCUGUCCACGAUUAUUUCCAACCAGGAGAUUUUGAAUCAGCUGGUCAUGAUUCUGGCAGCAGGUGCCGAGUUGGAUCAGCCGGAAGAACUCGUCAGGCGGGAGUACGUCUCCUACCGUUUCGAAUAUGUUCCACUCGAAGCUAGGUUGGACAAAGAGAAGCGUGAAUCGCGCUGGAUAGUUCUGCGUAACUUCCACGGACAGGACCGUAGCCGAACCUACUUUCUACAAGUCUUACGUAGCUUGCAAACUCGACCGGAGACGCUAUCUACCAUUCUGAAUUACAUCCUCGAAGAUCUGUUCACCACUAAGCUUAACAUCAACGGCUAUCUGUUCCUGUUAUCUGAGCUAGUACCCCUGGAAACCUCUCACCCUUCCCUGCAAUCCAUUUUCCGUAACGCUUUCGCCGAAAUCCUCCAAGACUACCACUGGCAGGUCGACCUAGAAGAAUCCACCCAAAUAUCGGACCUGAAGUUCAACAUCCUCCACAUCUGCCUAUCCCUUCGGUUAGUCUCCCGCUUCUGUCAGCUUUUCCGGGACGAUUUCCGCUGGCAGCUGUACGACGUCCUGCGGCACACGCUUCCACUCUCCGGAAGCAACCUGAACUGCGUCAACGAAGCUGCCGAGAUGACCCUGGACGCGAUAGCCAACGCAUUCGGACUCGGCUCCAUCCAGGAGCUCAUCUUUCAGAAUCUAGACUACAUCUCGCAGCACAUCACGCGUUGCCUGAAGCGACCUGGAAGCUUUGCCGAAGGGGUUCACAUGUUGGAAUCGGUUCUACGGUUCGUUCCGUACGAGUCGUCUGCGGUGCUGGAGUCUACAAUCAGUCCGAUUGUGAUGGCCAUUCUGGACGGGCACGAUCAGAGGAUGGGAACGGCGCGGAUCUUGUGCUUGCGGGUGUUACAGAUCUUCGUUCGGGCCAUUAGAUAUCGUUACCGGACGGAAGUUGACCAGACGGGGAGCGAGGAUGACGUGGGAUCGAAACUCGGGGAGAAAAUCCGGCAGCUGAAGAAGGAGAUGGAUCAGAAGUUGCCUGAUUCUGGGGCGACGAUCGAAGAAGUUCCUCCUGAAGAGGUUUCGAUGGAACCGGAUGCCGAUCAAGAAGACGCACCAAUGGAAGAGGAAGGACCCUAUCAGAGCGAGGAGGACAAGCUGCCACCUCACAUUCGGAUAACGGUUAAGAUCUUAACGGUGAACUUCAAGUACCUGUCGUCCAGUGUUCUGGAGGAACGGGUCGUUGCCCUAGGAACACUGAACGAAGGCAUCUACCUACUUCAGUCGCACGAGAACCAGCUGCUUCCUUUAGUCCACCAAAUCUGGUUUAACUUUGCGGAAAGGUUCGCUGACGUCAGUCCAGUGGUCAUAGGCUGCGCCUUUGAUUUGCUCGUCAGUCUGGGACAACUGGCGAAGGAUUUCAUCCGGAAGAGGACACUGGACGACGUCCUCCCAAGGCUGAAUGCCUUCAUGACCGCUAAUAUAGAUGCGGAUUUCAGCGCCCUGCAGACGUACAAACUCCAGCGGAGGAUCUUGACGCACGCUCCAUCGCUGGUCAGUUCGAUGAAGCUCAACGAGCGCCAACUGGAUCAGGUCCUGAACGUAGGUAAGUUGUAUCUUGUGAAAUCGCCUCGGCGAGAACUGCAGCAGUUGGCUCGGGAAUUUUUUGAACAGCUUUCGCAGUACGAUCCCGGUGCCGUGGUUUUGAAGCUUCACGGAUGUGACAUGGAGAAAUAAAACGCUGGUCAACGGUAA